AAGUGUAAAAAGUGUAAAAAAGUGUAAGCAAAUCGAACAGACCAAAUGAUCUGUUCUUUACAGCUACACUUUCUACACUCGAAAGUGAUAAAAUUACACCUAUAAGUGUGAGAGGGAAAAAGAAAAACUGAAAAAGACAAGAAUUACAAGAGACAAUUUUCAGCUCGAAAAGAACAGACCUAGCAUUUCUUCCUUUCUCAAGUGAAGUACAAGAGCCAUUUAAAAUAAGUGCCAUUUAAUCGCUUCAAGAUGAUGUUCUCCUCUUAGCAGUCUAUAUGCAUUUCGUAUGAAAGAGUACCUUCUCGUGUGAAAGAAUACGUUCUACCUCUAUUUUCUACAAGUUUUACGGACGAGUUUUACGUUAAUCUCGUCUUUGUUACUUUUUAUUGUAUACUCCACUCGAAAAUGGAAGACGUAUGUAUUUUCGAUAAAUGAAGGAGUUUCACACAAAGACAUCGAGAAAUUUGACAUUCUUUCAUAAGAAUUUUACAAAGUUUCUGGAGCAAUGGAUGAGAAGCAAACAGAAAAUCCAAUCUCCAAAGAUCAUUUAGACAAUACUAAUGUACCUGUGAUAACAGCUGAUUUAGAGAUGCUUACUAUAGAUAUUAAUCCUCCACCUACAGAAACCAAGAGGAUUCUUAGGAAAAGGUUAUCUAAGCCUUCUUCUGUAGAAAACGAUUCUAUAGAAAUGGUUAAACGAAGCUUGAGACCAAAAAAAAGAAGGAUCUAUGAGGUGGAGGAGACAGAGGAAGAAAUUGUCAAGGAAUAUUAUUUAGACAAAAAAAUAAAUAAGAAAUCAAAUAAUCUUGAAACAAUAUUUGAAGAAACCCAGAAUUCCGACGACGACACUACAAUACGUAUGAGUGCGAAGAGAUUUAAGAGAAUGUUGAUGUUUGCUCCUACAGCUUCCAAGUUGAAGAAGAGACGUGCAAAGAUACAAAGAGUUUUUGGAUCUAAGGUUAGGUACAAGAGAUGUGGAUCGAUGCAGGCUCUUAUAGAUAAAUUAAAUACCAUCAGAGAGAAUUCACCAAUGAAAAUUGACAGUGAACUCAAAUGAUACCAGAUUCCUCGAUGACAUAUUUAAAUGCCAUUUUUUUAAAGAAAUUAUCUGAAGAAUAAUAUGUUAUGUAUACUUCAGGAUUUCAUUAAAAAAAUGUAUCAGACUUAUUUUAUAAUCACAUUUAAGGGAUAAUAUUUAGAUGGAGAAAUUUACAUUUCCAUCUACUAAGAAUGUUAUACUAUAUAGAAUUUUCUGUGCAGGCAUUUAUUCGAUUCUCGUAUUGUAGAUUUACAUGUUUCGAAUUAUAAGAAUGUAAGGACCAUAAUGUGUGAUAAUUAUAUUUCUAUUUGCAUAUUUGAGAUUUAUCUCGAUUAUAUUAACAGCAAUAUAUAUCAUAUAAGAAGUAAUAAUGUAUCUUUUAUUUCUUUAAGUACUAGUACUUCCUCAUUGCGUCUACAUUGAAUUAUGAUAAAAAAAAGUAAUUCAUUUUGACACGUCUUAAAUUAGUAUGUCUUCUUGUUUCUGAAAUCGUAAUUUAAGCUAUUAAUGAGGAGAUCAAAACCUUCGGUAUUGUUCGUACCAUACGUUGCAUUUUAGUUUAGAUUCAAUUCAAAAUUUAUAUACAUCCAUUUAUUAUUAAA